CGGGUAAGACGUUGCUGCAGACGCCGCUUUUUUACCCUCCAGUCUCUGGCGACAGCAUUGGAGUAAAUGGAAGCUCCUGGAGGAGAGUUUUACGUUGAUGACUUUUCUGACAGGCACCCUGCGACGUGACACGUUUCUCUCAUUCUACAGAGAAGGAGGAAUUCAUUGAUUUUAAUCAUUUUCAGAGUGGAUUAGGAAGCAGUGGGCAGCGUGCCACGGGACUGGCGUUUCAGCGACUGGGCACAAGCGGAAUAUGCGCGCUCUGGUACGAGAGCAGUGCUCUUGCGAACAAGGAAGCCGGGUGGGAGAACGACAACGCGGGAACGGGAGAAGAUUCUUUGAAUCUCCGUUGAAUUAGCGCUUUGAGCCAUUGAGCAGAAGCAGAAGCCGCAGGAGGCGGAGCGUCGCUCCUGUCAACCUCCAGCGCCGGCUCAUCGCUCCCGGGUCAGCCGGCUCGCACCUGAAACUGAACGUGAACGAACUCUCAGACGUGGCGAUCCCAGACGGGAUGGAGAAUAGCUGCUGUGAUUCGGAUUUGUGAGAGACGAGUUAGAGGCGACAUGAACCCACUGCAGUCUGGCGACAGGAAAUCGAGCAGGGACAACAAGGGCCAAGGAGAGCUGAAAGAUGCUACAACGCCACCUUCCCUGCUCUACAGGAAGCUCAGUAACCCUGACCUGUCGUCUUCAUCUGGGAAAACCAAACUACAGAGACAACUAAGUCAGGAUGACAGUCGUCUGAGGCGCUGUAGUCUGGCAAAUUCACUGACGGGAAAGCAACUCCUCCCCUUAUCCAGUAGCAUGCAUGGUGGGGUGAGUCAACUGGCAUGGCAACAACAAGCAGAGUCCACAAACCUGGUUCGGAUGAGAAACCAGUCUCUAGGCCAGUCUGCCCCUUCACUUACGGCCAGUUUGAAGGAGCUGAGUCUUCCCCGCAGAGGCAGCUUCUGUCGGACGAGCAACAGGAAAAGCCUCAUCGUGACAUCAAGUACCUCACCUACUCUGCCCAGGCCACACUCUCCACUUCAUGGACAUACAGGCAGCAGCCCUCUGGACAGCCCCAGGAACUUCUCACCAAAUGCUGCCGCUCAUUUUUCUUUUGCCCCCGCUCGCAGUCAUGGGCACAGAGCUGACAGGACCGAUGGGCGCCGCUGGUCUCUGGCAUCUCUGCCCUCUUCAGGCUAUGGCACCAACACUCCCAGCUCCACAGUAUCGUCAUCAUGUUCAUCUCAGGAGAAGCUGCACCAGCUCCCGUUCCAGCCCACAGCGGACGAGUUGCACUUCCUCACCAAACACUUCAGCUCAGAGAGUAUCACGGAUGAAGAGGGGCGACGAUCACCAGCCAUGCGCCCGCGCUCUCGCAGCCUCAGCCCUGGCCGCUCACCCAUUUCCUUCGACCAUGAGAUUGUGAUGAUGAACCAUGUCUAUAAGGAAAGGUUCCCCAAGGCCACGGCACAGAUGGAAGAGCGUCUGGCAGACUUCAUCUCAUCAUCUUCUCCAGACAAGGUCAUACCCCUAGCUGAUGGAGUCCUUAGCUUCAUCUUCCACCAGGUCAUUGAGUUGGCCCGUGAUUGCUUGGAUAAAUCUCGGGAGGGUCUCAUCACGUCACGCUACUUCUAUGAGCUGCAGGAGAACCUGGAGAAGCUGCUGCAAGAUGCUCAUGAGCGCUCUGAGAGCAGGGAGGUUGCCUUCGUUACCCAGCUCGUGAGGAAGCUGAUGAUCAUCAUCGCCAGGCCAGCACGCUUGCUUGAGUGCCUUGAGUUUGAUCCAGAAGAGUUUUAUCAUCUGCUGGAAGCUGCUGAAGGCCAUGCUAAGGAAGGACAGGGCAUCAAGUCAGACAUUCCCCGCUACAUCAUCAGCCAGCUGGGUCUCACCAGGGACCCCCUGGAGGAAAUGGCCCAGUUGAGUAGCUACGACAGUGGACACCCUGACACCCCAGAAACAGAUGAUUCCAUUGAGAGCUGUAAGGCAACCAUUCAGACAAAGAAAACACCCCAAGAGGAGGACUUUGAGAACAUCAAGCUAAUCAGCAAUGGAGCAUAUGGAGCUGUCUACCUCGUCCGCCAUAAAGAAACCCGGCAGCGCUUUGCCAUGAAGAAGAUCAACAAGCAAAACCUGAUCCUGCGAAACCAGAUCCAGCAGGCCUUUGUGGAGCGCGACAUCCUGACCUUCGCAGAGAACCCUUUUGUGGUCAGCAUGUUCUGCUCCUUUGAGACUAAGCGUCAUCUCUGUAUGGUUAUGGAAUAUGUUGAAGGUGGAGAUUGUGCCACGCUUUUGAAGAACAUUGGAGCCCUACCUGUAGAUAUGGCACGGAUGUACUUUGCUGAAACCGUACUAGCGCUGGAGUAUCUUCAUAACUACGGCAUCGUCCACAGAGAUCUCAAGCCUGACAAUUUGUUGAUUACUUCCAUGGGGCACAUCAAGCUGACAGAUUUUGGUCUCUCGAAGAUUGGGUUGAUGAGUCUUACAACGAACCUGUAUGAGGGUCAUAUUGAAAAAGACGCCAGAGAGUUUCUUGACAAACAGGUGUGUGGUACCCCAGAGUACAUCGCCCCAGAGGUGAUUCUUCGUCAAGGUUAUGGGAAACCAGUGGACUGGUGGGCGAUGGGUGUGAUCCUGUAUGAGUUCCUGGUGGGCUGCGCACCAUUCUUUGGAGACACUCCCGAGGAGCUCUUUGGACAAGUGAUAAGUGAUGAAAUCAUCUGGCCUGAUGAGGAAGACUCCCUUCCACCAGAUGCUCAGGACCUCAUCUCAAAACUUCUCAGGCAAAACCCAUUGGAGCGGCUGGGAACAGGUAGCGCCUUUGAGGUGAAGCAGCACAGAUUCUUCAUAGACCUGGACUGGAACAGCCUGCUGAGACAGAAAGCGGAGUUCAUCCCACAGCUGGAAUCGGAGGAUGACACGAGCUACUUUGACACUCGCUCAGAUCGAUACCACCACGUGGACUCUGAAGAAGAAGAUGACACCAAUGAUGAAGAGCAUGUGGAAAUUCGCCAGUUCUCCUCCUGCUCCCCCCGAUUUAGUAAGGUUUACAGCAGCAUGGAGCGAUUGUCUCUUCAUGAUGAAAAGCGGACUCCACCCCCCACAAAACGCAGCCUGAGUGAAGAGGGCAGUGAUAAGAUGGACAGCCUGAGUGGCCUCAAGUCACGGGAUAGAAGCUGGAUGGUGGGAUCUCCAGAAAUCUUGCGCAAACGCCUGUCCGUCUCAGAGUCAUCUCACACAGAAAGUGACUCCAGCCCACCCCUUACUGUGCGGCGACGCUGCUGCUCUGCCAUCAUUGAGAUGCCACGCUUCGCCAUUUCUACAGAGGAUGAAGGAGGAGGAGGAGGAGGAGGUGGAGGUAUGAAAAAGACACCAUCCUCAACACCCCGGACGCCUCGUGGUGAAGAGUUGCCCCUCUCCAUCCCUGAACAACCUCUGGAGAGAGAGUUACGACUAGACGAAUCGCCCACCACUCCGGGGUCCACGGCCAGCACACUCAGCAGGUCUACACUCACACCUGGUAGCACCAUUGGAACUACAGAGCGACCUUUGCGAUGUAACAAUGCUGAAGAUGCCUCCACUCCUAAAGCCAUCAGUGACUUGGCAGCCCGCCGAGCUCGACAUAGACUGAUGUCUGGUGAGUCGGUGGAAAAACGGACCUCCCGGCCACUCAGCAAGGUCAUUAAGUCUGCCUCUGCAACUACUCUGUCACUGAUGAUCCCUUCUGAUCACCACAGUGGAUCACCGCUAGCCAGUCCAAUGUCUCCUCACUCCCUGUCAUCCAACCCUUCUUCAAGAGAUUCUUCUCCCAGUCGAGACUUUUCACCUGCUGUCAGUAAUGUAAAGCCACCAACUGUCAUUCACCGUGCAGGGAAGAAGUACGGCUUCACUCUUAGGGCAAUCCGAGUCUACAUGGGCGACAGUGACAUCUACACUGUGCACCACAUGGUGUGGCAUGUGGAAGAAGGUGGUCCUGCUCAUGAGGCAGGGCUUCAACAAGGAGAUCUAAUCACUCACGUCAAUGGCGAACCAGUAAAUGGUCUGGUGCACACAGAGGUGGUGGAGCUCAUUUUAAAGAGUGGAAGCAAAGUCUCGAUCGCAACCACGCCGUUUGAAAACACAUCCAUCAAGGUUGGGCCUGCACGAAAGUCCAGCUAUAAAUCCAAACUGGUCCGGAGAAGCAAGAAGUCCAAGACAAGAGAGGGCCAGGAGAGUAAGAAGCGCAGUUCCCUGUUUCGGAAGAUCACCAAGCAAGCCUCCCUGCUACACACAAGCCGCAGCCUGUCAUCUCUGAAUCGCUCGCUGUCCUCGGGGGAGAGUGUUCCAGGGUCUCCCACUCACAACUUGUCACCUCGCUCGCCGACACAGGGCUACAGGUCCACCCCUGACUCUGUGCACUCAGUUGGCGCCAAUUCAUCUCAGAGCAGCUCCCCCAGUUCCAGCGUCCCCAAUUCUCCUGCGAGCUCUGGCCAUAUCCGGCCGAGCUCUCUACAUGGCUUGGCCCCCAAGCUGCAGCGCCAGUACCGCUCUCCCCGGCGCAAGUCUGCCGGCAACAUCCCACUGUCCCCUCUGGCACGCACGCCAUCUCCCACCCCUCAGUCUACCUCGCCUCAGCGUUCGCCAUCGCCCCUGCCUGGUCACUCCGUGGGAAGCUCCGCCAUCACUCAGUCCUUCCCCGUCAAGCUGCACUCUUCCCCACCUCUGGUCCGGCAGAUUUCUCGCCCCAAGAGUGCGGAGCCCCCACGCUCACCCCUUCUCAAGAGAGUUCAAUCAGCCGAGAAGUUGUCUCCCUCGUUAUCCUCGACGUCAUCCGGUGCUGAGAAGAAACUCGCGUCCUCUCGUAAGCACAGUCUGGACAUCUCGCACGCAGAGUUCAAGAAGGAGAUGCUGCAGAGGGACCCCGGCCUCCAGAGUCUGCAGGAAUCUGCCAGUGAGACCCAACUUGGGGGCCGGGCAGCCCCCGCUGAGAAAGGGACCUUGCAGAAGCCGUCAUCUCGGAAGCUAGGACGCCAGGAGACACAGCCUGGGGGCGGCGGGACAGCCGGUGGGAAAAGCAAACUUCGAGACAAGCUGUCGGCGAUCCGGCAGGACAGAGUGGAGCGGAGGGAGUCCCUGCAGAAGCAGGAGGCCAUCCAUGAGGUGGACUCGUCUGAAGACGAGACUGACGAAGGCUCGGAGGACAGCCAAGACGGGAGGCACAUGGAGCUCCGCGCCAACGCCAAGCACACACCUCGGUCAGACUCCGCCGAAGAUGAGCCCUACCUGCCUACCGAGGCCACCAACCGAUCAGGGCUGGCCCAAAUUCAGAAAUGCCCACCCUCCAGGUUGGAGUCCCUGCCCAGAGGGCCCGGGGACUUGAGCUGCUCCAAAGCCACCCAGAGUACAGAAGAGAAUGCUGGGAGUCUGACGGCUGUCCUGCCAUUCUCAAGCACUAGGAGCAGCACCAGUGCAUUCACGGUAGUCAAGGACUGUCACCCGCGCGUGGCCCAGGUCAUCACCAGAAUGACGGUGGGACCCGUGAAGGCCGGCCAGACACCCCCAGCAGUCGAUAGCCUCGGCAAAGGAAACAAGGACCUGACGCCACUGGCCAGCUCCAACGGGGACGUAGCCACAGUGGCCAGAAGUGUCCUUGGGCCCGUGAAGUUGACCCUCCCAGGAGCCAAAGAAGCCAGAGACAAUGGAGCAGAUGGCGACCCCUCGAGGCUCAGAGAGCCGGAGCAGGAAAGGCGGGCCGAGGUGCUUGUUGGCCCUCAGGUGGCCCACCCCGAGGUCCAACGGAAAACACCAUUGGCGAUGGACUGUGAGGGCUUGCAGGGUGAAGAGCAGAAGCGCGGCUGGGUGAGCUGUCAGCCCGCGCAGAAAGACAAAGCGUACCGGAAAACGUAGCAGAGAAUUCCCAGCAUCCGGGGGCCUGCAUGUAUAUAUCUGUCUAUAUAUGUAUUUAUAUCUAUAUAUAUAGAUAGAUAUUUAUAUGUAUAUAUGCGUGUGUGUGUGUGUGUGUGUGUGUAUCUAUAUAUGUAGAUAUAUCAACUUUUUUAUGAUGAAAUGGCAGAAGAAUCUACAAAUUGCGGGGUUUCUUCUGUGUUCAUGCUGCUUGGGGCUGCUCUUUUUAAAUGUGUCUUGACAAGUGGGGCCCCC